AGUUUUUACCCCACAAUGCCGCUUUCGCAACGUGAUAUUAUUAGAGUUUGUGAAAUUUUGGCCGAGCAGGAGCAACUGGAGUGCACUGUGAGGCAUUCACUCGUGGGGGCUUGCUACGCAUUUGGAGGGGCCCUCCUGGGUGGGAUUUUAGGGGGCCCUGUGGGACUAGGAGUUGGUAGUGCCGCAGGAGGGGCCCUAGCAGCUUACAAGAGCCAAGGAAAAUUCAAAUCAGCUGCAUAUGUAAUAAUGUUCGAAAUGACUGAACGAGACAGACAAAGACUGGCCGAUGCCGUGGGCGAAGUAAUUAGAAGUAUUGAUGCCUCGGAUGUUAUUACCGUGGUCACAUUGCUCAACACUAACGCACUUCUUAGAAAUAGCGCCCUUGAGGUCCUGAAACGGUUUCUAACUAAUGAUGUAGGAGUCAAGUUUGUACAAUAAACCAUGUAUUAUCGUGUGUAAACUAUUUGCAAUUUUAAAUAUAUUUUUUACCAAU